UCCGCAACGAUGAGUGCUGAAGCAAUUGGACGCUGGACGGUGGCGGUGAGAAAGGGGAGAGAGGGAGGGCCCCGGGCUGCGGCGUCAUAAGAGCGCGUCGGAGUGUGGGCGGAGUAGAGCUCGAAGCAUCGGUAACAGCCACGUCAAGUCGACAUCUGGAUGUACUAGGGCCGGAGCAGUUGUACUGAGUACAUACGUGUUGGAGAAUGGAGUUUCCAGAUCUGGGCAAACACUGCUCUGAAAAUUCCUGCAAACAGCUGGAUUUUCUUCCUCUGAAGUGUGAUGCAUGUGCACAGAUCUUCUGCAAGGACCAUAUUACCUAUGCACAGCAUAAGUGCACUUCCUCUUACAAAAAGGACAUGCAGGUACCCGUGUGUCCUCUUUGUAACACUCCAGUUCCCAUAAGAAGGGGAGAAAUGCCAGAUAUCCGUGUUGGUGAACACAUUGACAGAGAGUGCAAAUCUGAUCCUGCCCAGAAAAAACGUAAGAUCUUUACGAACAAAUGCUCGAAGUCGGGGUGCAAACAGAAAGAGAUGAUCAAAGUGACAUGUGACCAGUGUCACUUAAAUUUCUGCUUAAAGCACAGGCACCCCUUGGAUCAUGCCUGUGAGGCUGAUGGAAAACCUCUCUCUAAAGCAGGUAAUGCUGCCAUGAAGAGAGUUCAGGGAACACCGAAACCUGGUGUGGUGCCAUCUACAAGCAAAGGCACAUCUAGCAGUCGACCAAAUGGACUGAAUACAUCAGCACCCCCACGUCAUAACAGUGACUCAGCAAGAAACAUCCCUAUGUCAGCAUCUCUGCAAGCAGGAUUGACUGAAGAACAAGCACUGCAGAGAGCUUUGGAGAGGUCACUGGCUGAAUCUUCCCAAAAUACAGCUCCCAGCCAUCAAGAGCAGGAAGAUUUGGCCUUGGCUCAGGCUAUUGCUGCCAGUGAGGAAGAAUUUCGUCGACAACAACAGCAGGAUAUCAGAAAUGGUUCCAUAGCCAUCAAAGCAUGUUUGACCUGAAGUCAUGUUCAUAACUUAAGCAGCGAACUAAUUUGGAACUUAGAACAUAAAACAGUACAGGACAGUACACACUCUCAAGCCUACGAUAUUGCGCCGAUCUUUUAACCUACUCCAAUAUCAGUCUAAUGCUUCAUUUCUGCAUAGCCCUCCACUAUUUUUUUUAAUCCAUACACCUAUCUAAGAGUGUCUUAACUGUCCCUAAUGUAUCUGCCUCUGCCAGCACCCCUGGCAGUGUGUUCCACACAUCCACUGUUUUGUGGGGGGAGAGGGUGGAACAAAAAAAAUGGUACCUGUCAUAUCCCCCCCCCCCAUACUUUCCUCCAGUCACCUUAAAAUUAUGCCCUUUUGUAUUAGACAACUUCACUCUGAGAAAAAGAUGCUGGCUAUUCACUCUAUCAAUGCCUCUUGGACACACCUGCAUCAACUCACCUCUCAUCUUCGCUUCAAAGAGAAAAGCUGUAGUUCGCUCUACUCUUCCUCAUAAGACAUGCUCUCUAAUCCAAGCAUCAUCUCUGCACCCUACACGAGGGUAAUGUGCACCUUGCUCAUAACUGGUAAAUGAAUGCAGGCUGUUCAGUUGUGAACAGUUCCCCAUGUUCUUUUUCCAAUACAAUCAUUUUGCUACAGGGCACUUGAUUAGUUAAAAGACAAAACAAAAGUACUUAAUAUUGCUCUCCCCAAUGAAGAGGGUUACUACUUAUGUACUGUUAUAGUGAGGUGUUACAGCCUGGACUAAUACAGCUUCGAUUUAUGAGCCUCGACAUCCUAAGCAUAUUUUACACCUUAAAGCCCGAAGAUUGCCGAUGCCUCCAAUGCCUUGAGGAAAGAUUAGUUUGAAACAGCAUUUUCAGCUAGACAUCUUGUUACCAGAAAAUGGACAUCAGAUGUUGUGAAGCAUGUUCCUGUACUCACCAACGCUGAUGGUUUCUUUUCUUG